UCUGUUUACUCUCCAUUAUCGUGGCCGGAUCGUGGCCUUGAUGUCGCGUCCGGAAUAGGAAUUUUUUUCGGAGGCAAAGCAGCCGUAUCUACGCUUGCAUUACAACCGCUGUAUGGUCGCAAUGGCAUAUGGCAUGGAUGGUACAACGCACCGGGAUGCCACGCAAUUGUGGGGAAGCUGGUUAGAACAUUGUUACAGGGUCCCGUUUCAUCGUAUCCAGAGAGACUCUCACUUUCUCUCGGCAUAGAUGGCAAGGAAGGGCCCAAAUAUAUUGCAUCACAGUCGGGAACAGUCCUGCAGCAUACUCGCCGUCUUGCGUACGCAGUGCUUAAUAACAGCAACUGGAGGGGAAAGCUGGUGGCUGUGGGUCAGAAGCCUAGCCCAACGCCAAUGCAAUUAAUGAUCAUGGACUUGAAAAAAGUGCCCACAGAAGAUAACACGCUUCCCCCAAGAAGUUCUCGUUACUCCUCAUUACCCAUAAUCGCCAGCGUCACUAGCAUCGCAGCUUGCGUCAUUUGUGCCAGUGUCAAGGACUGGUUGUCCUUCAAGAUGAUUCUGCUCGGGAUGGUCUCCUCUGGAAUCACUUCUUCUAUCAUGUGCACUGGGACAAUUACCCUUGGACGGGUCAAACCAGCAGAUGGAGUUCCACCUGGAGAUGGUAUGCUACUGUUGGAUAAUCGCAUCGUGAUAUUGAGGGGCAACGAGGAAGACGUAAACGCCGUGACCAAGGGAAAACUGCGACUGAAGAUCAAAGGAGGGGUUCGCACCCUCCUUUUCUGCGCGUCCAUAGCGUUGUCGCAAGUUACCCUACAGCUCAUCUACAUGCCUUCCGGGUCGCUACCAGGACAAUUCAUGUUCCUGUUAUCGCUCCUAGUGUCUGGAGGAUGUAACCUAUAUCUAUCAGCGAAGGAAGAGGAUGUGCGAUCAAGUGCCCUCAUCACCCUACUGGAUACUCCGGAAGUGACAACGUACCAAACCAAUUCUAGAACAACUGCUGCCGUUCUGGCAUGCUUAGCACUCUGUUGGGAGUCUGACACGCUUAUACCUGCAAAUGUCCUCCGGGACAUUGUCCCCAUCCGGACAAAACCAUGGAAUGCCUUGUCUCAAAUUCUCACGAAGAAUAUCAAGGAUAGGAACAAGAAAUUCGACUAUCGGAAUAGCGACGAUCUGGACGUUCAGGAAAAGCUGCUUUUGACCGAACUCAUCGGUGACGCUCAUGCAGCGUACGACCGGUAUAUUCGGGAUUACGUUGAAUAGUUGAACCAGUAUCUGCACCAUGUACAUAUGGCGUUCCUCCUACCCAUCUUGCUUUAUCUUGCUUCCUGGUACUGUACAGUGAUUCACCUUUGUCACUUAGCCACUUGAUUUGGGUUAUAUCGUUCGCUAUUUUCACGUUUUGCAGUACACUAGGGUUCGGCGUUACCGACUUUCAUCUUGCUUGCCUGCGAUUUUACGAAGAUUCCAGUUUGUGUACUCGAAACAAUUUUGUAGCCGUUUUGGACGCUUUCCUCCUCCUUUUGUUUAGCUGAAUCUAUUACAACAAGUGGGUGUGCACAAGACCGUUCAACG